AUGCCUCCAAAAGUGAAAAGGGUUUACGAAGGCUCAAAUGAACGCACUGAGACCUUUUAUGGUGUACAACUAGCCAGAUCCAAAGAUGUUUUAGAAUGGCCCUACAAAACUCCUUCAGCAGAGUUCAUGGGUAAAUCAGGUUUCUAUUUCACACCAACUAAAAAGUUCAAAGAUAGAGUGACAUGUUUUUACUGUAAGAAAACACAAUCAAAUUGGAAAGAUGUUAAAGACCCUACAGCGUAUCAUCUAGAAGCCAGUCGUGAUUGUUCAUUUUCAAAGCUGCUUCACCUUUCCAAAGAAAGAUCAAGCAACCCGCAUUUUGAUUGGUCUGAAGUCGAAAUAUUUAAAGAUCCAAUGUGUAAGGAGGCCAUUCAGAUAAGGCAAGAAACUUUUGGUAAGAGCUGGCCUCAUGAUAAAGUUGGUGGAUCCAACCCAGUAUCAGAGAAUAUGGUCAACGCUGGGUUUUAUUAUUCACCUCUGGAUUCUGGUGAUGACUUGGCUAUAUGUGUUUAUUGUGGUGUUUCCUUAGAAGGCUGGGAGUUUGAUGAUGAUCCUUUAUUUGAGCAUCAAAAGCGAUCAAAAGAUUGCUACUUUCUAAAUUGUUUGGAAAAAGGCGAUAUAUCCAGGGCGUCCUUCAAACGAUCUAGUUCGAUGGUUGCGCAUGAAGAGCUGUCAGUGGAAGAAAAGGUUCAAGACAGUAUUUCUAUAAAAUCUGGUGAUCAUUCGAUAAGACCAAAAAGAGAACGCAAGAUUCUGCGAGACUUAAGCUCAGAAGAGUCUCAGGAGAAUGAUGAUGCUAAUGAUGAAAGCUUUGGUAUUACUGCAAAUGAUGAAGAAUUAGAUGAUGAUGACUAUAUUGAAGGAUCGAAGCACAAAAUAUCCAGAACAAUUUCCUUGAAAAAAAGUUCACAACCAAAAUCUUCAGCUUCGCCAUCAAAAAAAUCCAAAAUUUUGGAUAGUUCUUUUGAUAAUGACAUGUUCUCCAACACAAAAAAACUCGAAAUUCCACCUGUCACAAAGCUGCUCACUGAAUCUCCAACCAAAACAAUCUCGAAGGGAGAGACCACCAAAAAAUCUGAAAGUUCCCGUACUAUAGGAGAAAAAGCCAGCUCGCCUCUAAGGUCCUCUUCUAAACCCCCAUUAAGUGACAUCACAAACAUUUCAAAAGCUUCACCAAAAAAACAAAAUGUGGUUGUUUAUCCGGAAUCUGACGAGGAAAAUUCAAUAAUACUGAUAAGUAAUAGUAAAGAGAAUAUUGGACAAGAGUCAUCAACAAGUGAGAAAGAUCAAUCCUGGAAAUCAUCUCGAGAGGUGCCAAUCUCCAAAGAAGAACCAAGAGAUACACAUUCCCCUUCGAGGUCUUCACAAAGUGCUGAACAGGAACCAGUACACUCAAAUGCUUUGGGCCAACAGUCAACUGAUUCUAAACCAUCCAAAGAUUUGUGCUCCGGGGAAAUGAUACAUAUAAAUGAGAAAACUGACCUAACGAAGCAGCCUUCUUUAGAGGAACAAAGCUCAGAAAAGUCGGGAAAUAAGAGUAUCCUACAGUCAAUUUCAAGGUUCUUCAAGAGUCCACAGCUUCAUAGGAGCCAAAGCCCAUUUCUUGAUGCCGAUUAUAAGGGCUCAGAUCAUAUUGAAGACUCUAACCAAAUCAUAGGUCCAAAUGACACUCCUAUCGAAGAGUCAACUGAUCAUCAUAUUCAACUACCAUUAGAUGCACUAAAGCAAUUUUCACCAGAAAAGGACAGUAAUACCAUUCUUCCAGACGCUGACCCUUCACCAGAAUUAGAAAGUUCAAGUUCAAACUAUCUCAGAGUGGAAAACGCUGAAACGGAUUACUGGAUGCCCACAGAUACGAAUAAACUUUUUGAAAAACUAGAGCCUUUGGAUACUGCUAGAAAUUAUUUGGAAGAGUUGAAGGAUCUUGAUUAUGAUUUAAAUGAUGAUGUUGAUGGUCGUAUUUCAUAUUUUAUCAACGAGAUGCCGGAAAAUGAAUUAGAGAUGACAAUAAGCGAAUGGAUAUUAUAUUCAGCUCAACAAGGUAAGAAACAUAUUGAGGAAACAUGUGGGAGAAUGCUUGAGCAAUUUGAUGAAGAAUGUGAUCGAGCUUUACAAAAGUUGAAAAGAUUAUCUUCAGAUUAA